AUGGACGCCCGAAUCGGUCUCGAGUACAUCAUCGAGAACAACGACUACGUGAACAAGCUGGGGCUGGCGCUCGACACCAACAAUGUCACGGUUAAGAAGCAAAUCUUCGAGCUCCUGUCGACGCUCUGCGCCUUCAGUGCCAACGGGUACAAGCGUGCCAUCGAAACCCUCGAGCACUACAAGACCAUCAAAAACGAACGAUAUCGACUGCACCUGGUCGUGUCCGAGCUGGACAAGGCGACCACGGUCGAGUACCAAAUAGCGCUGCUGGCGUUCGUCAACUGCGUCAUCAUUUCGGCCGGUUCGCUCAAGGAUCGGAUACGAAUGCGCAACGAGUUUAUCGGAUUAAACCUCAUACCAGUAUUAAAUAAUUUAAGGCGCACCGCCAGCAACGUUCCGGACAUCGCCUCCCAGAUCGAAGUGUUCGACGAGCAGCAGGAAUGCGAUGUAGCCCAGAGCCUCCAGGUUCCCGAUGGGAUCGAUCUAAAUUCGCAUCUUGAUGUCUUCAACGCCAUUCUAGCACAGGUUGCCGGCACACCGCAAGCAACGCCAUUUCUAAGCAUCCUCCAGCACCUGCUUCAGAUCGACCCGAAGGAGCAAAUCAGUGACAUCGUCUGGGACACGGCCGAAACGCUUGUGCAUCGUGCUACAUUGCUAGAGGACAAGGAAGCGUCCGCACGGCUUCUGCGGGCUCCGAGCGUACAGAAGUUCUUCACCUGCCCACACUGUCGAGGGGACCUGAGCGGCGGUCCGGCACGACGUCCCUCGAUCGGCAGCUCGCUGCAGCCCUCACCGAGCACCACCUUCUCCCCGCCACCACCACCCCCACCACUGUCGGGGGCGCCUCCGCCACCACCACCACCCGGCGCUGGAGCUCCGCCGCCACCACCACCGCCACCGCUUGCGGGAGGUGGUCGGGUGCCACCACCUCCUCCGCCUCCCAUGGCCGGUGGUCCACCUCCGCCGGCACCGCCGGCCCCCCCUGGCGGUCCAAACCUGCUCUCGGUUAAGGCAGCCGGCGGAGGUUCGUUGGCCCGCUCGAAGACUCCCGACGAACCGGUUGAGAUCAUCAAACCACUACCGCAACAGGAGACGCCAGUACCGCGUGCGAAAAUGAAGACCAUCAACUGGAACAAGAUUCCACCCCAGAAGGUGCUUGGCAAGCAGAACAUCUGGUCCAUCGUGGCCGACUCGCAUCAGGACAGUCCGAUGGCCGACCUGAACUGGGACGAGAUGGAAGGCUUGUUCUGCCUGCAGACCCAAACGCAGGGUUCGCCGAAGUUGGGCAACCGGUCGACUUCCGCCGAUGGUAGCAACGGAACGGACACUCCCGACUCGCGCAAGUCACGCAAGGAGAACGAGAUUACGCUGCUGGAUGGGAAGCGCAGCUUGAACGUUAACAUCUUCCUCAAGCAAUUCCGGACGUCGAACGAGGACAUCAUUCAGCUGAUCCGAAACGGGGAACACGAAGACAUUGGGGCGGAGAAGUUGCGUGGUCUGCUGAAGCUCCUACCGGAGGUGGACGAGCUGGAGAUGCUUCGGGCGUUCGAUGGCGACAAUAACCGAUUGGGAAAUGCGGAAAAGUUUCUCCUCCAGCUGGUACAAGUGCCUAACUAUAAACUAAGAAUCGAAAGUAUGUUACUGAAGGAAGAAUUUAAGGCAAACCUGAUGUACUUGGAGCCUAACAUUAACGCCAUGCUGUUCGCUGGUGAAGAUCUGAUGAACAAUAAAGCCCUUCAGGAAGUCCUGUACAUGGUGGUUGUGGCAGGGAACUUCCUCAACUCGGGAGGGUACGCUGGGAAUGCGGCCGGUGUGAAACUGUCCUCACUGCAGAAGCUUACCGAUAUCCGAGCAAACAAACCGGGUAUGAACCUGAUCCACUUUGUGGCUCUGCAGGCGGAGAAAAAGAACACAGCCCUGCUGGAGUUCCCGUGUCAACUGACUAUGCUGGAGAAUGCAACCAAGACGACUGUGGAGCAGAUUAGUAACGAGAUAACCGCUAUCGAUAAUCGAAUAAAGAAAAUUAAGAAACAAAUCGAACUUCCAAAAACGGAAGAGGAUAUCAAGUUCCAGAUGGAAGAGUUCCUCAGUGCGGCAGAACAGGAUGUCGUGAUGAUGCAGCGUGCGUUGAAGCAGUUGGAAGCGAUGAGGAUUCAGCUCUCGGAGUUCUUCUGCGAGGACGUGGGCACGUUCAAGAUGGAGGAGUGCUUCAAGAUAUUCCACAACUUUAGCGAGAAGUUCCAGCACGCCGUCAAGGACAACGAGAAGCGACGGGUGCAGGAAGAGCAAGCAUUAAUACGUCGAAAGCAGCGAGAAGAAACUCUUCGCAGGAGGCAAUCUAACCAACCCGGAACACCAGUGUCCGAUUCGGAAGGAAGUCUACUGCUGGAUGCGUCACAGUACGAUCUACGUUACAGUCCGGCCAUGUCCCGCCGACGGCUCGGAUCGUUCAACAGCAAUGGCGACGCACUGUUGAUGCGCGAUGAAUGUGCCUCCCCGGAUAUUACGCCCAACGGCAGCCUCCGGAGGCGCCGUAGUCGCGUGCUGUCGGAGGAGGACGAAGGUAAUCUCAUGGACUUCUUGCGCUCAUCCGGGCACGAGAGUAGCAACCGGGAGCGGAAGUCGGCAGCCUAUGGUAGUCUCGAUCGAUCCUGGGCACGUCGGGCCCGCUCGGGCAGUGGCAGCAAGAAGCGUCCGGAUCUGCUGAACGUCCAGUUCGGUGCGGACCGCGAACGACCCAGCUCACCGUCACCACUGACCGAAUCGAAGCCGCUCGCGGUGGAAGAACACAAACCGAGAAUUUCCAGGGAAUGGCGGCAGAAGAUCGAGUCCUGGCUGCAGGCGAACGAGCAGGACGAGCGGCAGAACGAUGACUACAAGAAGAAGCUGAAGCGCGUCACCGCCAACCGUCGAUCGUACGAAACGGACAACGAGAGCGAUCGGGGCAGCAAGCUGGACCCACUGCCGGAGGAGAAACCCCCGACGGUGACCUCUCCCGAGCCGGCCAAUGUACCGAAAAUCAUCACGCCCGGUUCGCAGCAGGUGGCAACGGCGGACGGCGGUGGUGGAUCACCGUCGCCCCCGGAUCAGCAGCUGUUCGGUGGGCAGAUGACGUACAAACGAGUCUAUCCGAACUGGCGCCCGGCAACGUCGGUCGAGCAGACGGAUGUCGUUGGCACGAUAGAGGCCUUGACAGGUGCGGUCUCUUCCGAUGCGGAUAAGUCGACGUGGCGCAAAUCUCUGCUCAACACCGUGAGCAGUACGGAAAGUGAAGACUCGGCCGCGUUGGCGGCUGGCCAGCGGUAUCGCCGGCAACGAUCACGUGAGGGCGCUAAUCCCAGCUCCAAUCUCCAGUCGAUCCUGGAGGAGGACAAGCGAAAGAACAUUAUCCAAGCGCUCGGCGAGCGACCGCCGUCGGAUCGUCUGCAAAUCUAUAUCCGACGCGGUUCGGAUAAUCCUCCGCUACCCGACAGCACCGCGACAUCGCCAACCGGUGGUAAAACGACGAACGACGUCACCGGUGGAGUGGAUGAAAGCAACAAGCAAUCGAUCUACAUCCGGCAGCUCGGCAACGAAAAGCAAUCGAUAUACAUUCGACCUCCGAAUGAGGGCAAUACCGUGGCAACACCGUCCACGAUAUCGUCCAGCACGGCCAGCACCACGUCGGGUGGAUCGGAGAUGAUCGUCGGGGCAGGAGACGCGGGUAGCAGUACGUCACCACCCUCGUCGGCCGUGGCACCACCUCCCCGUAGAGCUCGCCGAGCACAUCACGUGUACGACGAGUCGACAAACAAUAAGAUUGAGAUCGAUUCCGACAACAUCGAAACGCCUCCCUCGAUCAGGCGGAAUGUCAACGUCGGAGCGAGUAACGGUGGUGGCGCUACCGCAUCCAGCGGAGGUUCGUCUUGCCGUCGGCUUCAUCAUCAGAGCAGCCGCGGUGGGGAAUCUUCUGUCGGUGAUUCCAAGGACUCGCUGGUGCUGGCCGGUGACUCCGGGAAGGGUUCUUCGGCGACGGAAACCCUCGGUGCCGAGGUGCUUGGAGAUGGCCAGUUCGAUCGGUUCUCCUCGGCACGUCGAACGCGUCGUUUCAAGCGACCCAUUGACCUGGGUGCUGGUGCGGGUAGUGGCAACGAAACAACCACAACGGCUACCACAACGACGGCUUCACCGUCCCCCGAGUCACUCCCGGACAGUGCUGCCCAAAGUCCUCUGUUGGUUCCCUCGGGAACCACUACCAGAACUGGGCAGGUUUCUGGAACCAGAGCGACCACUAUCGGUACUACCAAGGAUAGUGCCAAGGAACAGGAACAACGGUUGAAACGGUGGCAGGAUAAACUGAAAUCUUCGUCCACCUCGACGCCUUCACCGACGACAGUGACAUCGAGCCCUUCGGCUACCCACGGCCGAGACUCACCAAGAACGCACGCCGAAGCGGUGUUGAACCGAGCAAGCAAAGUGGGACGUACCAUAAGCCGCAUCAGUCAGGAAGACGUGCGUGAGGCCAUUCGCAGCCUAAAGUCUCCUACACCGGAACGAACAUGGAGUCCGACCAAGGAGCAUGGUCUGCUAAACGCCAAGGGUGCUCCACCAACGCACGAACUCAACGACGAAGGUUUCGAGGAAACGCAAAGCCUUGUAUCGGACACUCCGUCCCAGGGUAAGGAUAGUGUGUCUUCGUGCAAUGACUACGGAUCGGACACGAAGAGUAAACGGCCUACAGUGACGUCAGCGAGUGGAAAGUCACUUGCAACGAGUGUGGACCUCGCAACUUCCGGUGGCCAUCGAUCCAGCCCGAGUAUGGCCAGUCUGUUGAUGGUGAAAAAUGGGCAACAGCCGGCCAGCAGCCUUGAGCGAAGUCGGUCGCUUCGGGCGGCACCUUCCUCACCGGCCACCUCGGUUACCACCUCCAGUCCCGGUAGUAAGAAUCUCUUGCCUCGUCGGACGACGUCCAUGAGGCGUACGGCCCCUUCCGGCGAGGGAGGUUCAUUGGGAUCGCUUGGAAACCAUCGUCUUGCAGCUCCGGGCCUAUCGCAGGACGUGGAGCGAAGCAAUUCCCGUACGAGCCUUCGCUCGUCCCGUUCGUCGCUGAGCAGUGCCGUCUCAACCAAUACCGUCCGCAAGGUUCCUCCUCCCCUACGCACCCCUGCCAAAUCUUCACCGCUCUCUAACUCUGGGUCCGCGCUUCACACGACCACCCUCUCGGCGAACAGUUCGCCCUCCAAGCGUCCCCUGGGCACGGCCACGGCGAGCAAUAUCGGACACCGAGGGGCACCGGCAAGCCGUAGCAGCUCGAGUGGAUCCAGCAUCGGUCCGACGGCCGUCGCCCGGAAGCCACCCACAAAAUCAUCCCUCGGGGCCAGUGCUAGCUUUAAGGAAAAUCAUCACUCACUUGCGCCAUCCAGCGGAAGGCUCCCUUCGGGCAGCAAGUCCACCAGCAGUGGAAGUCUGGCUGGAUCGGGCACUGGUGGAGGCGCUAGUCCUACGCCGGUUUCGGCACGCUCGUCAGCGCUCGUCGGGCAGCAGUCAUCGGCCGCGUCGUCGGCGGCAGCCGCAGCAGUAGCAGCGGCUCGCCGUACCGGAGGCUUCAUGCGACCGACUACCUCCAGUGCCACCAAAGUGAAGGGAAAGUAA